ACAACGCGGUAUUUCUAAUUCUAUACAGCUUCCCCUUUUCCCCACCGGCACUUCAUCCGCCACCCAUUGACCCCCACAAUGUUACUCCACGACGGUCGUCACCGUCACCUCCACCCCCACCUCUUAAUCACCACCACCCUCCUCCUCUUCCUCACCACUCAAACCACCGGCGACGACGCCGCCGUCAUGUCAAAACUCUCCACCACCCUCUCCUCCACCCCAUCCACCUGGACAACCACCUCCUCCUUCUGCAACUGGGACGGCAUCCAAUGCGACAACUCCAACCGCGUCACCUCCAUAAACCUCCCCGACAAAUCCCUCACCGGAACCCUACCUUCAGACCUCAACCAACUCACCCAACUCAAAACCCUAUCCCUACCCCGCAACCACAUCGCCGGCCCCCUCCCCACCCUCGCCAAUCUCACUCUACUCGAACAAGUUAUUCUCGAAUCCAACAAUUUCACUUCAAUCCCACCCGAUUUCUUCUCCGGCCUCACCAAUCUUCAAACCGUAAGAAUUUCCGAUAACCCAGAUCUAUCCCCAUGGGUUGUUCCGGAUACCCUAGGGGAAAACAGUAAUUUACAAACAUUUGAAGCUAGCAAUGCUAACAUUAUUGGGUCCAUUCCAGAUAUAUUUGAUAAGUUCACUAAUUUGCAGAAUUUAAGGUUGUCUUAUAAUAAUCUUACUGGGGCGUUGCCGCCGAGUUUCGGUGGUUCGCAGAUACAGAAUUUGUGGCUGAAUAAUCAGGUGCAAGGGCUUUCUGGUAAUCUUGAUGUGAUUUCUUUGAUGACUCAGAUUAGUCAGGCAUGGUUGCAGGCGAAUUCGUUUACUGGAGCGAUUCCGGAUCUUACGAAUUGUACGAUUUUGUUUGAUUUGCAACUUAGGGAUAAUCAGUUGACGGGUUUGGUUCCUGAGAGUUUGAUGGGUUUGCCGAAGUUAGCGAAUGUUACUUUGCAAAACAAUAGGUUACAAGGUCCAUUGCCUGUGUUUAAGAGUGGUGUGAUUACGGAGUUGGGUAAUGAAAAUACGAAUAGUUUUUGUUUGCCUACAGCUGGACCUUGUGACCCGCAAGUGACGGCGCUUCUUGCGGUCGCUGGAGCGAUUGGGUAUCCGAUAUCACUGGCGCAGUCUUGGAAAGGUAAUGAUGCCUGCAAUGGAUGGCUUUUCAUUAGUUGUGAUUCUUCAGAGAAGAAUGUGACGAGUGUGAGCUUUGGAAAGCAGAAGUUUUCUGGGACGAUUUCGCCUGCGUUUGCGAAUUUGACUUCGUUGAGGAGUUUAUCGUUGAAUGAUAAUGAUCUCUCUGGGUCAAUCCCGGAGACCUUGACUUCUUUACCCGACCUUCAGCUUCUUGAUGUGUCGAAUAAUGAUCUUUCUGGUCCGAUACCUGUUUUUCCACCACGGGUCAAGUUUACGCAUACGGGUAAUGCGUUAUUGGGUCAAACUGUGCCUAGUGGGCCACCUGGGUCAAGGCCGGGCCCUAGUAACAAGGGCGGGAGUUCAAAAGGGACGGAGAAAGGAGGUUCGGGUUCAACUGGAAUGGUUGUUGGGAUUGUUAUCGGUGUUCUCGUUUUUGUUGUGAUUAUAUUGUUUGUGUGUUACAAGUGUUAUACGAAGAAGAAAAAUCAAAAGCCCGUGAAAGUUCAAGAUCCUGAAAACGGUAAACAAAUAGUUAAAGCUAGUGUAAUGGGCGGUAGUUCGAAUGCUCAUAAUGGUGUUAGUGAGUUACAGAGUCAAAGCAGCGGUGAUCAUACAGAAAUGUCGGUUUUUGAAGGAGGUAACGUUACAAUUUCCAUUCAACUUCUUCGAGAAGUCACCAACAGCUUCAGUGAAGAUAAUGUUUUAGGAAGAGGUGGAUUUGGGGUCGUCUACAAAGGGGAGUUACAUGACGGGACUAAAAUAGCCGUCAAACGAAUGGAGUCGGGUGUAAUGGGUACAAAAGGGUUGAAAGAAUUUCAAGCCGAAAUUGCAGUACUAACCAAAGUUAGACACAGACAUCUUGUGGCUCUUCUUGGAUAUUGUAUCAAUGGUAACGAGAGACUUUUGGUAUACGAGUACAUGCCACAAGGAACUUUAAGUCAACACUUGUUUGACCGGAGGGAAUAUAAAACCGGCCCGCUUAGCUGGAAACAACGGGUGUCUAUAGCUUUGGAUGUUGGGAGGGGGGUCGAGUAUUUGCACAGUUUGGCACAGCAAAGUUUUAUUCAUAGAGAUUUAAAACCGUCUAAUAUUCUUCUUGGUGAUGAUAUGCGGGCUAAAGUUGCAGACUUCGGUUUGGUGAGAAACGCCCCGGAUGGGAAGUAUUCUGUUGAGACUCGAUUGGCUGGAACUUUUGGUUAUCUUGCACCCGAAUAUGCUGCUACCGGAAGAGUGACUACAAAAGUGGAUGUUUAUGCAUUUGGGGUGGUACUAAUGGAACUAAUAACAGGCAGAAAAGCGCUAGAUGAGACUAUGCCAGAAGACAGAAGUCAUUUGGUGACAUGGUUUAGAAGGGUUCUGAUCUCAAAAGAAAACAUAAUCAAAGCUAUAGACCAAACUCUCGACACUGAAGACGAAGAAACCCUAGAAAGCAUUUGCAAAGUUGCUGAGCUGGCGGGCCAUUGUACUGCACGCGAGCCAUAUCAAAGACCCGACAUGGGUCAUGCUGUAAACGUGUUGGGCCCUCUAGUACAACAAUGGAAACCUUCACAAUCCGAAGAAGAAGAUAGUUACGGCAUUGACCUUCAUAUGAGCCUUCCUCAAAUUCUUCAAAGGUGGCAGGCAGAUGAAGGUACUUCAAGAAUGUUUGAUGAUUCGUUCGGUCAAACUCAGUCAAGCAUCGUCUCUAAACCCCCUGGACUAGCAGACACAUUCACGUCAACGGGCCGGUAGCUAAAAGAUUGUUAAGUUUUGAUCAGAAUAUGUAAAUUUACUCAUUUCACUUUUUGAUUUGUUCAUUCUUUUACAUUAGAGGAUAUAUUCUUUAAAGCAAUGUUUUUCUCUUUGUUUAUUGGCUGGAUUCUUUAAAUCUUUUUUAUUGCAAAAGAUAGCUAAAUGUUGAAAAGAUAGUUAAAUGUGGAUUCCUUAAAUCUUUUUGAUUACAAAAGAUAUAUAAAUGUUGGAAAGAUA